AUGACUUCAGACAGUGAUUCCAGUUAUGAGGGCUCCUGCGACAUGUUCGCUAGUUCAGGAGAUGUGCAGCAUAAGGAGGAAAGUAGUGGGAUUGGAAAGAAGAGGAAGAGGAAGAAGACGGCAUAUAACGUUGAAAAGAAGAGGCGUUAUCGAGAGAGACUCCGAGAGCGCAGGAGAACGUCAACGUCGUCAGCUUCCACUUCUGCCUUAACCCCUGCCUCGCAAGGGCACUUGCAGCUUGACGCCGAAAGGCAAAAGGUGACGCCAGGCAAGAAGAAACUGCCAGUUCCUGGGCCUUCUCAGGUUGACCCACUCUAUGAGAGUGUCUUAGCUGAGUGGAGCGAUAAGGAACCACCUUCCGAGGGAACUGUUGUAUCGGAAACGGAUCACGAAGCCGGCGAGAUUCAUGUCCCAGCAGCAGAGCCAGAGGCACAGCCAGAGCCAGAGGCACAGCCAGAGCCAGAGGCACAGCCAGAGCCAGAGCCACAGCCUGAGGCGGCUACGUCUCGGGCCUCCUCGUCGCUGCCGGAAGCCGGGGACUUUGGUCACCAUGCGGCAGAGCCAGAGCCAGAGGCACAGCCAGAGCCAGAGGCACAGCCAGAGCCAGAGGCACAGCCAUAG